CUCCAACACUUAGUACGCUGACUCUUACUACUAUCAUACAUUUACGUCUAUCUCCUAGCAUUCCUCUUAAAACCUAUUCAUGACCCUAUUCCACGUCAUUAAUUAUUCGUGUUACGUUUAUCCCUUUCCACACCCCUCUUUCCUUUCACCCCUCCCCUCUCUUUCUCACACGCUAUACUUUAUUCAAAUGUAUUUUUCUUCUCUUCACAGACGUCAGUAAAAAGUAGAAGUUACUUCAAUAAUUCGCGAGAAUCGCAUCAUAUUAGAAAGAUUUAACAUCAAUUUAUUUUGUCUCCUAGAUCAUGUUCUCAAAUAUUAUAGAUGGUCUCUCGGUUUCUUAUUUAGUAGUUUUCAGUGUUAUAAGUUUACAUUUAAUAAUAUAUUGGAAUUAUUUUUAUCGCACUAUUAACUUUUGCGAAAAUAAUACGAGGAUGGUUGGUAAAACUGUGUUAAUUACUGGCUGCACAUCUGGCAUUGGCAAGGAAACAGCUAAGGAUCUAGCUAAGAGAGGCGCCAAAGUGAUCAUGGCAUGUAGAAACAUCGAUUUAGCCAACAAAAUUAAAGAGGACAUAAUAAAAGAGACAGAUAAUUGUAAUAUCAAUGUACGCGAGUUGGACCUUUGUUCUUUCCAAUCUAUAAGAAAUUUCGCUCGGCAGAUAAACGAAGAAGAAAGUAAAUUAGAUGUUCUCAUACACAACGCUGGUAUAGCUCAAUUUUUUCGAAAUAAAGUCAGUGAGGAUAAUUUGGAAAUAACCAUGCAAACCAAUCAUUAUGGACCUUUUCUCUUGACUCAUCUCUUAAUAGAUUUGUUGAAAAAAUCAAAACCGAGUCGGAUAAUCGUAGUUUCGUCGUUAGGAUAUAGAUUUGCUUCAAUAAAUUUGAACAAUCCUAAUCCAACUAAUGCGAUUUUGCCAUGUUAUCUCUAUCUUGUCUCCAAACGUGCAAACGUAGUGUUUACAUUGGAAUUGGCACGUCGUUUGGAGGGUACUGGUAUUGUUGUGAAUUGUCUUCACCCUGGUGUUAUUGAAAGUAAUCUUUUUAGAGAGUUUCCACUUAAAUUAUAUUGGCUUUUGAAAUUCGUACUGAAACCAUUUUUUAUAACGGCCGAGGAAGGAGCUCAAACGACUAUUUAUCUCGCUGUAUCCGAAGAGGUCAAAGUAUCUGGAAAAUAUUUUAAAAAUUGUGCGGAAGCAAGCUUAACGAAAAAGGUCAAGGACUCUGUAUUGGGUGAGAAAUUUUGGGAGAUCAGUGAAAGAAUUGUUAAAUUGCAACCAACCGAUCCAAAAAUAUAAGAUAUAAAAUUAAGAUACGUAAUUCUUAACAGCUAAUUAAAAAUUUAUGGUAACGGUUAAUUAUGUAAUUCUAUUAUUGUUAUAUUCGAUUAAACAGAUUACAUAAUUACUUUAUUGAUGUUAUAAUAAAUAAUAAUAAAAUCACAAUGUCCAA